AUGCCUGCCUCGCCUAUCACCGAUGCCCGUCUUUUCAAGAUCAUGGGCAAAUUCAUGGAAUAUGGAUUCGAGAGGGAGUGCAAGUUUGCGGCACCGUGCCCAAUGGCCCCUAACACUUUCCAUGUUACGGUGGUCUGCCUGGAGAAGCAGAACUUUGCGGAGUACUAUGACUACUGUCUUAUGAACCGGUGCCCUAUGCGGCUCAGCGCCAGUCAGAUCAAUCCAGACCGCGUCGCUGACAUGUUGGGCCGCGCCGCAGCACUGCGCAGGCCUCCUGCCAAGUUUGGGGGAUGGGUGUUCAUGGGUGUUGUUCCCGAGUUCUACAUGUUGGUUGAGGGGCUGAUGUUUGUAUCGGACGGGUGUGACCCGGUUCCAGUACCCCUUAUUGGGAUUGUUGACCAGAUGGGGAUGGAGUUGGAGAUUCCCGGACCGUAUGAGCAGCCCGUCUUGUCGCAGGCAUUUGAGCUGGUCAACAGGGAGACAGCAUUCGACCUCUACGAACCCAAGAUGCAGACAUUCGUGCCUGACCACAUCAUCAAGGGGUUUCCCAUCCGCCGGCAACUCCCUCUCCAGAGCGUCCCCGUUCUCAGGGAGUCCGAGGUCCAAUUCACCCCAUUCUGCCACUCCUAUGCGAUUGGAGACCAGAAGAGGGCCCCCAUGUGCUCCAUGAUGCACGACUUCACGGGGAUUGAAUGGAUCUGGCCGGUGCGCCUUCCGAAGCCCCGCAAGUACAUCGAGGCGGCCUGGACUCCUGCGGCGACGCCGACAUUGCGGGCAGUGCGGCCGCAAGUUGGAGAGGAUGGAUGCGUGGUCAAAUGGGCAGGAACAGAGACCGUGACAGAGGAGGAUGCUGCCGAUGAUGAAUAG